GGCUCCCGCAGGCUGCCCAAUGCAGUCUUCUCUCCCCUUGAGACUGCUGGUUUGUGUGGUUGGUCUUGGCCACACCCUCUGAGGAGGUGCUGACAAAAAGGGAAAGCUGAGCAAGCUUCCUCAAAUCAUACGUAACACCCUACCCAUUCCUUGCUUUGACUUAAAUAUUUCUGGUGAAGAACACUAGAUAGAUCUUCUAAGGAGUAAAAGGAAGUUGGAAGAUAUAUCACCCAAAGAAAAACUGAGCAACUUGCCAUUAUUUUGGAGACAGCAAGAAAAGAACACCUCGGAACUGGGGCCUCAUACUUUGAUUUUUUUUUUAACUCAAGAGAAAAAGAGAAAUUGUUCUUCAGCCGGCAUACCUAUUUCCAAAGGAGCCUGCCGGGAUCUCAUUCCUAUGGGAGGCUGAGGCUUCUCAGCACAGUUGGAGAAUCAUCAUCAGAAUUAUGGCUGAUAAAAUUCUGCAGCAGAAGCCAUGGGUCACACAGCGGAGUGGAGGAUGCCACUACUGAAGCACCCGUACCUCAGCCUCCUUCAGCUCUUGAUGCUAGCCAGUCUUUUUCACUUCUGUUCAGGUAUCACCCAGGUGAACAAGACAGUGAAAGAAGCAGCAGUACUAUCCUGUGAUUACAACAUUUCCACCAAAGAGCUGACAGAAAUUCGAAUCUAUUGGCAAAAGGAUGAUGAAAUGGUGUUAGCUGUCAUGUCUGGCAAAGUACAAGUGUGGCCCAAGUAUAAGAACCGCACGGUCACUGAUGUCACAGAAAACCACUCCAUUGUGAUCAUGGCUCUGCGCCUGUCAGACAACGGCAAAUACACCUGUAUCGUUCAAAAGGUUGAAAAAGGGUCUUACAAAGUGAAACACCUGACAUCGGUGAUGUUAUUGGUCAGAGCUGACUUCCCUGCCCCUAGUAUAAUUGAUCUUGGAAAUCCAUCUCAUAACAUCAAGAGGAUAAUGUGCUUAACCUCUGGAGGUUUUCCAAAGCCUCAGCUCUCCUGGUCGGAAAAUGAAGAAAAAUUAAAUGCCAUCAACACAACAGUUUCCCAAGAUCCUGAAACUGAACUCUUCACUAUUAGCAGUGUACUGGAUUUCAACAUUACAAACAACCAUAGCUUCCUGUGUCAUGUCAAGUAUGGAAACUUAAUAGUAUCACAGAUCUUCAACUGGCAAAAAUCAGAGCCACAGCCUUCUAAUAAUCAGUUCUGGGUCAUUAUGCUGAUCUCAGUAAUUGUUGUGAUUGUUGUGUUCGCUGUACUGACCCUAUGCUGCGCAGUCUACAGACGUCCUGAAAGAUGGAGACAAAGAGAAACGGGGAGAGCAUGGAAAUGGGAAAGAUCUCACCUGUCCACAUAGGUUCUGCAGCAGCAUCGUAUAAGCAGAGCAUCUGGAGGUCCCAUCUCCAUCUUAGAUUGACCUCUUCUUUGAAUUUCCUCAGAUGGCCAGGAUUAUCCCGUCUUGUACUUCAUGUGUCUGUUUUCUAGGAGCCUCUUCCUUUCAGUGGCUCUGCAGAAAGUGACUAGUGGGAUACAGUGGGAACAUUAGUAGCUCUGGUAAGCUUGGUCAAAGAACUUAGAAACACAGAAUUGCCUAAGCCUGAAAGAGACACUGGAAAAUACUUGUUAACGACAAGGAUAUCAAGGCGCAGGAGGUGACCUGAAUGAUCAAGGCCAGAGCCAGAACCCAGAUGUCCUGUCUCUGGUGCUCUUUUUCAUCAUUAGUCUGGGGCUGUGCUAUUAGUUGGUGUAUACACACCAGCCAAAAUGCUUCUGGAAAAAGAAAUUUGUCCACUGUCAAGUCAACUUUACAGACCUGAUCUGAUGCAACACGGGAGGACUUUAUGUUGUAGGAAGCAAUCUGAUGCUGUGUGGGUAGCGUGCUGGUAAGCACGCCAAUGAGGAUGACGGAAACAUUGCUGAUGUAUAGCCAGUAUUUCAUUUUUCACUGUGCUCUCCUCUGUUGCUUUUCCACUUCUCUAUCAGGUUCUGGAGAAAGACCUAUCCAAAACUAAUACCCUCUCAAAUGUAAGAUGAAUGAGUUACAGACUUCAAGACAAUAGCCAGGUUGGAGAGGGAUAGUCGCAUCCUACUGGUUCAUAUUGGACUGAUAAUUUCCUUAACUGGCUUCAUGUUGUUUAACCUCAUUUAUAAAAUAUUUAUGAAAGUUCUCAUUUAAAAUGAGAUAGGUUUUUAUUGUAUAUUACUAAACAGUAAGCUAUCUUUAGAAAUUAAUUGAGGUAAUGAAAAUAGCAUUCCAUAGGGCUUCCUCAGAUCACUAAAGUGGCUUUUCCUCUUUGGUAUUUCUGAUCCUUCUGACAUCAGCAGAGAAUUGAAAAGAAGUGGCAAACUGCGAUUCCUGUGUUACUUACUCAGGAGUCCCCUUUCUCUGAAGUUGCCUGCCACAACUCAGUGGACCAGAAGGUGAUCCUAAUAUAAGCUGGAGGAAUAAGAUAUUCUCAUUUGAAAAUUUGAAGUUGGAUAGAAAGUUGACCAAGUAUCUCAAAUAUGGCUAGAUGUAAAGCAGUUAAUUUUGGUAGCUAUACAGGGACAGAUUAUGUUAUAUAGUCUAAGAAACAGAAGUACCCUUUUAAAUGGUUGCUCUCAGAACAAAAUCACAGAAGAAAAUAAAAGCAGGAGACUGACAAGAACUUUAAGCAAAGAAACAAACAAAAAUAGGGAGUUGCUGCAUUUAGUUAAUAUUAAUAAUUCUUAGACAUGAUCAAAAGGAGACCUCAGGAAGUAGUCACAAAACAGAGGACACCUAAGAGAGGUUAUUUAUACUUAAAAUAAGUUAUAUUAAAUUACUACAUUUGAUAAAUGUGUCAAUACUAUUUUUUUUAAAAAGUCGUAUUGUACCUUUAUUCUGACACUUUUGUGAUAUUAAUAAAAUUAUUUUUAAAACCAACCACCUAGUUUUAUAAUUUCUAUUUGGGAGAAUUUAAUCUAUGUGUAUAUGAAUAAAGCAAUAAAGAGAUUGACUGUCAAUUUGUCAGCAAUUUAUGAAUGGGAAAAUUAAGAAAAACAGGUUUUAUGGAGCGUGGUGAGAACAUGUAAGUUGUG